CCGCUUCUGCCACAACGAUCGAAUCGACCACCAGCAACCAGCUCGAGGUGUUCAUACCCUCGAUACCUCCAGCCCUCUACCCUUUUCAUUUUGCAUUCUCUUGUCCUCUAACCACCACCAUCUACAAUUUCCUACCCAUCGCUGCCGAUGAUGUCUCGCUCGGUACCGCCGCCGUCUCAGCAGGAAAUACAACGGAAACUUUCCGUACACAGUGUCGUGAAACCCAUAGUCAAGAAGAAACCGACUGUUUCUACUGCACCAGUAUCUGGCACGGAAUCUGACUCAGACUCGGUGUUCUCUCCAGAUAUCGUCUCUGCCUCUCCUCUGCCCACUUCCAUCAGCGGAACACCAAUUCUUGCAAGCUCUUCUCAACCGCCGUUGUCGUCAAUCGCAGAAGCUCGUUCGGGAAGCGGUGAAGAGUCUGAAGAAGACGAGGAAGAGGAAGAAGGUGGUUGGCACGUGCAAACGAAUGACGCUAUAGAACGCAGCGCCCUCGAAGAGACUGUGCUCAAGACCGGCUAUCUCUGGAAGAAAGGCGAGCGUCGGAAGACGUGGAAGAAACGGUGGUUCGUGCUGCGACCCGCCCAUCUAGCGUUCUACAAGACAUCUGCAGAGUACAAGCUUUUGCGCCUACUCGACCUCUCUGAUAUCCACUCGUGCACUCCUGUGGCCCUCAAGAAGCAUGCAAACACGUUUGGGCUGGUGUCGCCGACGCGUACAUUUUAUCUACAGGCAGAAACCGCGCAGGGCAUGCAAGAAUGGGUGAAGGCCAUCACAAAUGCGAAGAAUACUCUCUUGGCGACCUCGACUCAAAGUUCCGCAAGUGCACCUAUCCCUAUUCCUACGCCCACCAACCAGAGAAGCUAUCAAGCUGGACCCAUGUCCGCAUCGCCGUCAUCUCAUUCACCCAUGAACUACCACUUUACCUCGUCCGAUUCAGAAGAUGCCUCGCCAAGCGGCCCCCGGUCAUACUCGACUGUCGAGACACCCGUCAUUCCGCAUACGGACAUGGCGUCACCAUCGAAGCAGCCAGGGGCAGCGAAAGAAGCUCCGAAGGUGAUCCUGUCAGGCUAUCUCAUGAAGUGUGGUUCCAGGCGGCAUACCUGGCAUAAUCGGUGGUUUGUUCUCAGUGCGGAUAAGCUGCUAUACUGUCGUAGUCACAUGGACACAAAACCGCAUCGCCAAAUUCCACUAUCGCAGAUCCUGGAUGCCCUGGAAUAUGACUUGCCCGCUCACAGGCAUGGACCAAGCUCCAUCGUCAGCUCCCCACCCGCAUCUUCCCCGCACCCUCAAAGCACGACAUUCCCGAUAAACGGACCGGAAGGAGCCCAGACCCAUACGUUCAAAAUCAUCACACCCAAGAAAACUCUUUUGCUCUGCGCACCGAGCGAGGAAGAGGAAAUCAAGUGGCUGAGUGCGGUCAGGGCGCUGAUUGCUCGCCGAUCGGGUGCGGGAGGUAUACCAGGAGAGAAUGGUGCGACGUCAGUGCCUGCCUCAUCUUCGAAAUCUGCGCCUCCUGCGCAGGGGAUGGGUGGGAACGAGGCCGGCGUUUCCGGGACGAGUGGGAUUACUGUUACGGGCAAACGGAGAGAUUCUAUUGCGAGACGGCUGAGUUUGAGCGGAGGGGGAGGAUUCGCGUCCAGCGGAUCUCCUGCUCCUUCUCCCAGCUUGCCUCACCAGGAGAUGGCGUAGGAGCGUCAAUCUUGAUUCGUUUUGCCCGGCUUGUCUCCCAUGCUUGUCUUUCGAAAACGUGGAUCCUGUUUUGUUUUUUUCGUGUCUGUGUAAGUCUAUUAUCUUCUUCAUUACUUUCUUCUGCUUCUCGUUUCUUUCCCACCAGACGCCGUGUUACCCCGUUUUGCGUUUUGCCUACCGUUUGCUAUGUUUUUCGUCAAUUCGUCAUUUAUAGCUUCUGUCUUGUCUAUUCCUUUUCUUUUACUCUUGCAUCCCACUGUCGACUUGCCCGUCUGAAGUCCUGAGGUCACAAAGUCAAUGAACCGUGUAUGUAUCUUU